AUGACGGAGUUCAAGCGCACCACGCAGGCGGUGGACGAGAUUGAGACCUUAGUGCAGACGCUGCUUGAUGGCAGCUCCGCAGAUUUGCAGCACCUGGGCUCACUCAUUGGCAGCACAGGUGCGACGGUGGAGAAGCUUAGUCGGAAGGCUACGGAGACGGACCCAGCCCGGCAGACCUACGGCCCGCAGAUGCGCGAGAAGAUCCGAAGCCUCGACGAGCGCUGGGCCACGGUGGGCAGCCUCGCGCGGAACGUGCUGGCACAGAAGGGGGGCCAUGUAGUGGAGCCUUCAGCGGACCUGGCGCCGCCGCCACCUCAGCCGCAGGCCAGACGGGUGGCAGUGCCCAGCGAGCCGCCCGCGAGUGCGGUUUCCAGCGCGCCCAGCGCGCCGACGCUGAGGAUGGACGCACUGAUGCACCUCGUGCACGGCGUCUUCGUGGGCCACGGCUUCGAGCGCGAGGAGAACGAGGAUCGUCAUGGCAUCUACCGACUGCGGUACGUGCACCAGCAGAAGCCGCCCAUUGUCGUCGUUUACGUCCCCCUGCAGCGUCACCUGGUGACCUAUGUUAGUUUGGAGGGCUCCAAUGAUCCCAUCAAGGCCACCGUGCAAAUCGGAAUGCCCGUCCCCGCCGUCCAAGCGAAGAUCGACUACCUGCUGCUCUACCCGCUGCUCUACCGCCAGAACCUGCCGACGCUCACUUCAACACCGCCGGAGGCGCUCUUCGGCUCGAUCUGCUGCCUGUCCAUGCCCGCGAUGGCGGCCUUGGGAGCCACCUGCCGCGGUAUGGCAACCUCAGUGCUGGAGGACGAUUUGGUAUGGCUGCGGGUGGUGAUGACGCUACCCUCCAGGCAAGUGCAAGAUGAGCUGGCGUCUCUCAAGCAGCGUGAGGAGAACGGCGAGGUGGUGCCCAACGGAGCAUAUAAGAUCAUGGUGCGGACGGAGGUGCACCGCCUGCGCCGCGAGGCGGAGCUGGAGCGCCGGAUGCGGGAGGAGGAGGCGCGCGCGCGGCGGCGAGCCUUCGAAGACCCGCUGCGCAUGGAUCCCCGCCGUCCCGGGGGCUUCCCUGGCAGCCCGCUGAUCAUCGGCGGCCCGCACGACCUGCACCCCCCGGGCUUUGGAGGACGACGGCCGAAUCCCUUCGGCGGCGGCUUCGAUGCAGGUGGCGGUUUCGGGGGCGGCGGUUUCGGCGGGGGCGGCCUGGGCCCGCGCUUCUACUAG